GGAUUGAGUGGGGGGUGCUGGGAUUUAUAGUUCUUGGAUUUGCAAGAGGAAGAGAUAUGACCGAAACCUCGACACAUCCAACAGUGAAGAGGCUCUCUGUAGGUGGUGACUUUAUGAUCUAAGCUGAGGCAGCGAAAACAUUUUCCAACCACAUGCUUGAGGAAGAGCUGCUUCCUUGAAUGCAUCGGCUUCUGGUUGUUGGGAGGGUUAAAAGACUGCUGCUUUCUCCACCAAAAUCUCGGCUUGACUUCACUCCACUGAUCUUCCUUCACCUGGGUAGUAGAGCUUCGUGAGUUAAGGCCUUGUGUAGUCACAUCUGCAUCACGUCUGGGAACCAGGGAUCUAGACGGAGGCUGCGUAGCCCAGCGACCCCAUACCGGAGGGUUAAGGCGUUCAGCAACCGACAGACGGCGCGCGGCGUGGGGUUGAAUGUCGCUCUUCAGUAUGGUGGAGUAAUGCCUUCGAAUCUGCACAAUCUUGCUCUGAGGGUGGAGGAUCUUCAUAGACAGAUUUCGAUUUGCCCCCAAAUCUGCAGCUGACACAUCUUCCUGCAAGGGCGCGGCGCAAUCUUUACUUGGAUCUUCGACAGAGCACAAUUUCUGAGCCUGAGAGGAGGGGGGUAGCUCCGGAUCCGGUCUUGAAUACACCUGGGGAUUUUUGAUUUUGAAAAUCUGGGAUGGAUCUGGGACAAGAGGUGGCACGAACUCACCAUCCUCCAACGGGCAAGGGAUUCUCUGCGGGAGAGAGAGGCCGAGCUGGGGAAGGCGGCUGCAUUGGACGGAAAGGACUCGAGAACCGGGGACGAAAGGUGAGGGGAGAGCCCAUGGUGGGUGGCCGGCGACGAGGAGGAACAUCGCCGGUGUCGGGGGUGGGUAUCGGGGCUUGGAGAGUGUUGGGCUGUUCUCUUGUUCGUUGUAACUUUCGGACAGAGACAGACAUUAGGUUUGCAUAGCUGUUUUUGAAAGAUUCAGGUUGUGCUGUGAUGCUGGAGGGGAGUUGAUUACAGGGAGUUACAGGGUUCCAAGCUUUGCAUAAGCGUUGGCAUUGAUGAUAGAAAUGUCUGGUGUGCAAGACUGCAAGGUGCUAUUAAAAAAAGUCUGAAAAUUUUCAGUUGCUCUUAGGCGAGAAAUUUUCCUUUCAUAAGGAAAAAGUACAGCGAAGGUCCCUCAAAUUGUCAUCGAGUUACAAAAUCCCCCAACCACAAAACCAGAUAUAGGACAUCUCUCAAUUUACAAAACCGUUCGCUUUACAUCCUUUGAUGGUGUUGAUUCCGAUUUUAUCCUACGUGACGGCUGAGUCAGCGUAGGACCACGUGAGCCCCAUAUAUCAGCGUGGCCACAUCAGCCUCCUCUCUCCCUUCCUCAUCUCUCUUUCCCCUCUUCUCUCCCUUCCUCAUCGACGACGACAUGGCCGACGGCAACAAGGGUAGCCUCCUCGCCGGCUUCGCCACCUUCCUCCAGCGCAUCCGUGGUGGCGGCGGCGGUGAGGACUAUCAACUGCCGAUCAAUCACAAACAUCCAGACCACAAAGCCGACAUCCUCAUGUACGGGGACAUGGUGGAGGCCGCCUACAACUACAAGGCCUUCGCCGCCGACGAGAAGGAGGUUUACUACGGCGGCGGCGGCGGCGGCUACUUGUACUUGGCCACUACCAACCUCUACGCCACCAUCGACGCCGUCCCGGCACCGUACCGCUCGAGGCGGCUCUGGCCGACGUCCCCGUCCGCGCCGUGACCUUCGGCGCGCCGCGCGUCGGCGACGCCCUGAUCAAGGAUCGCCACGUCGAUGUGGUGUCCCUCGUCGUCAAGCAGGACCACCGGUACGUGCAAGUCACCGAGAAAGUCGUCGAGCUCGUCGUCGACGACGACGUCGUCGGCAUGUCGCCGCUGAAGCUGCUGUCGGCGUCACACAGCAGUACCUGCACCUGUUCAGGCGCCUGUGCGACGACGGGCAAGCCUUCACGGCCCGCAUGGCGCCCAUGCCGGUGGCGAGGUGGCGCCGGAGAGGAAGAACAAGUGGCCGGAGAUGGAGGAGGAGGCUGACGGCUGUUAGACUUAAUCUUGUUAUUUAUUGUGUGAGUAGUGAUUAGUGCGUGCAUGAGUUAGCUUGAUCAAGAAAAUCCAUGAUCUGCAUGUAAGUGCUUGCAUGUAGGAAGUUAUAUGUGGAUAUCCGCUGGGAGUAGUGGCCGAGUCAAUGCGGCAAAAACGUGGCUAGUGUGCUGCUGCGCGUGUGUGCUAUUUAAGCAUGUAAUCAGUGUGUGAUUAAGGUGUGGAGAAUAGAAAGUGAAGUGUGUGGUGGUUCACUGGUGUGCAGUGACAAGAAAUUUCCUUGCGUCUCUUUGUUUCAUUGCGUGUUGUUCAUCUUCUUCCUCUGUCAUUGCAUCCUCUGUGUGUGUGUUUCAUCGAGACAGAGAGAGAGAGAGAGAGAGAGAGAGAGAGAGAGAGCUGUGUGUGUGCAAGUGAGUGUUUGGGCUAACAACGGCUACAAGCGGCUGCCGCUGUCCGAGCUGGACAAGCACGUCAGUCAGUCAUCACCAAGGCUUUGAAGCUCCAUUUUCUCCCCGAAAAUUAAUUAACAGAACUAUUUCUACGUACGCGGCUCACACAAGAUGCCAUCUUGCAUGUGCUUCCUCCGGGCAUCAUGUUCAUCGAGGCCGAGUACGACGACGACUCAGGCGGCGCCGUGGACAUGCGUCGCCUCGCCGGCAACAACGACGAGCACCACACGGAGGCCUUCAAGCGGCUCGUCCCGCCCGCGCGUAGCGUAGCUAGCUCCUCCCCCCGCCGCCCGCGCGCAGCUAGCUCCUCCCAUCGAUGCCACCGCCCCCGCCCCCAAACGCGGCGAUCUCCGUCUCUCGACGCCACUCUGACCUCCGGCUCCCGACGACGCCCUGACAACAUCCACGCCGCAUCGCCGCCAAGCUCCAUGACGAGGGGCUCUCAGCUCCAGACGGCCGCCCACACCACCACAGUCCUCGCCGCCAAAAGCAGCGAUCUCCGUCGCUCGCGUUGCCCCGACCUCCCACUCCCGAUGACGCCCCGCCACCACCCGCCGCCACCCUCGCUGCCAAACGCGGCGACCUCCGGCUCCCGACUAUGCUUUGAGCUCCUCAACGUCGCACCGCUGCCAAGGCCGCCGACUAAGGCCCUCGCCGCCAAACGCCUCCUAUCUCCCUCAGCAGUUGCCUAUCUUUGCCCCGACUCCAACCCCGGCGCGGCGGCCAGCUGCUGCAUCGCAGCCCACCGCCACCGCCGCCUCGUCGCCCGCCGCCGGACCUCCUCCUUUCCCGCCUUGCCCCGGCGACCUCCUCCCCCACCCGGCGGCCGGCUUGCCCAGAGAGGAGAAAAGUGAGAGAGAGAGAGAGGAGGAAGGGAUAGGAGGGGAAAGAGAUAGGGUGAUGACGUGGCAUCCUGACAGGUGAGGCUCAUGUGGAUACGCGCUGACUCAACUGCCAUGUCGGAUAAAACCAGGGUCUAACACCAUCGAAGGACUAAAGUGAACUGUUUUAUAAGUUAAAGGAUGUCAUAUAUCUAAUUUUGUGGUUUGAGAGACGAUUUUGUAACUCGAUGAAGUUGAGGGACGGUGUACUUUUUCCUUUCCAUAAUAACUAGCAUGUCUGCAUGCUUCACCUUCGUGAAAAUGUCUAUUCUUUUCUCCCUUUGUUCCUUUUCUUUGGCAAAUAUACAGAUAUCUUCAUUU